AAAGCCUUCUGUCUACAAAGAGGAAGAUUUUUGUUUCUUUUUUCCUCUUUUUCCAAUGGCAAUAGUUCUUAGAUCACUUCAUUUUCUGGUACUUGUCUAUGUUUCCUAUACCCUUUUGGCCCUUGCUCAAGAUGAAACCGGCUUCAUCUACAAUGGCUUCCGUGAUGAUCAAGCCAAUCUGAGUCUUGAUGGACUCGCAAAAAUCCACCCCAAUGGUCUAUUGCAGCUAACCAAUCUUUCACGCAACGCAGUUGGUCAUGCUUUCUAUCAAUUUCCAAUGAAAUUCAACACAACUUCAUCUUUUUCAUUUUCUACAAACUUUGUGUUUGCCAUGGUUCCUGAACCGAAAACCAUUGGUGGUCACGGCAUCGCCUUUACCAUCAGUCCCUCGAGAGACUUCACCCAAGCUCAUGCAAAUCGGUUUCUGGGGCUCUUCAAUGAUUCAAAUAACAACUCUCCUACAAACCACAUCUUGGCCAUCGAGCUUGAUCCUGUUCCGGGGGCUGAUUUUGGAGAUAUUGAAAAUCAUGUGGGAAUCGAUGUCAACAGCAUAGAUUCUGUUGAAAUUGCUCCCGCAACGUAUUUUACCGAUAAAGAAGGGAAGAAUAUAAGCUUAGAGCUCACGAGUGGGAAGCCAAUGCAUCUUUGGAUAGACUACAAUGAAACAGAAAAGUUCCUGAAUGUAACACUUGCCCCUACCACAAUCCCAAAACCAAACAGGCCUCUCUUGUCAAGACACAUCGACCUGUCUCAAUAUCUCUUGGAAUCCAUGUAUGUUGGUUUCUCUUCAGCCACAGGUAGUCUUGCAAGUUACCACUACAUUCUUGGAUGGAGCUUUAAUAAAAGUGGACCAUCACAAAGCCUUGAUGUUUCAAGCCUUCCUCCACUUCCAAAGAGGAAAGAGACACCAAGCCUUGUGCUCAUCACUUCUCUCAUAGCAGUAGCGAUCGUGCUGAUAACCGUCGCUGGAGCUGUUGCUUACAUAUUGAGGAGGAAGAAAUAUGAAGAACUACGAGAAGAUUGGGAAGAGGAGUACGGCCCCCACAGGUUCAGCUAUAAGAAUCUCCACAACGCAACCAAAGGUUUCAAAGACACGGAACUUCUUGGAGAGGGAGGCUUUGGAAAGGUUUAUAUAGGAACACUUCCUUCAAAUGUACAAAUUGCAGUAAAGAGAGUCUCCCAUGAUUCAAAACAAGGGAUGAAGGAAUUUGUGGCAGAGAUCGUUAGCAUGGGAAGAUUGAGGCAUAGGAACUUGGUGCAGCUCCUGGGCUAUUGCCGGCGAAGGGGAGAACUCCUCUUGGUCUAUGAUUAUAUGCCCAACGGAAGCCUUGACAGGUUCUUAUAUGGCAACAAAAAACCAAAACUUAACUGGGCUCAACGAUUUCGAAUCAUCAGAGGAGUAGCAUCUGGCCUUCUUUACCUCCAUGAAGAGUGGGAGCAAGUUGUUCUCCACCGAGAUGUAAAAUCAAGCAAUAUUCUUUUGGAUGCUGAAUUAAAUGGAAAGUUAGGAGAUUUUGGCCUUGCGAGAUUACACGACCAUGGUACCAAUCCCCAAACCACCGGUUUGGUUGGGACCGUGGGUUAUUUGGCUCCGGAGCUUUACAGAACUGGAAGGGCAACCACUUUCACUGAUGUGUUUGCUUUUGGGGCUUUCAUCCUCGAAGUGGCUUGUGGAAGGAUGCCUUUAAAGGUACAGGCCCUGGGACAGGCUGAACAGGUGAUUUUGGUUGAUUGGGUCACUGAGUGUUGUAGAAGAGGAUCUAUCCUUGAUACUAGCGAUCCUAGAUUGGAAGGUAAUUAUGUGGUGGAGGAAAUGGAAUUGGUUUUGAAAUUAGGCCUUCUUUGCUCGCAUGCAAUACCAGCUGCUAGGCCUAGCAUGAGGCAAGUGGUGCAGUUUUUGGAUGGCGAUGCUGAUCUGCGGGAAUUACCAUGUUACAACGCUUCUUUUGAUGCCAUUACAAGUAACGAAUCAUCUGAUUUCAUGUCCUUUCCUUUUUCCCAGGCUUCUGGUCCUUCCAUGUCUAGCACUGAUUCAUUUGUGAGAGGUGGUCCUUGAAUUGGUUGGUCUCGUGUUAGGAAUAGUGCCAUAAAUCUCAAUUAUUUUGUAAGUCAUUCUUAUUUAAAUUGAGUAAAUUAAGUUGUCAUUCGCCGAUAUAUUUUUAUGAACAUUAGGCAUAUAACCUAUUUAGAGCA